GGCCAGCCGCCGCAGGCAGGGCUGGGCCCGGCCCCGCUUCGUGUCAGGCGCCGGGUCGCGGCCUGAGGGUUGCGGCGGAGCCGGGGCUGCCCCGCUGUGGUGCGGCGCCGAACCCUCGCGGCCUCGGUUCCCUGGGUGAUCUCUGAGGACGGGGCUGGGGCGCGGUGCGAGCGGGGCGGCUGUGGAGGCCGCAGAGCCUUGGCCUGAAAAUGCUGAGUUGUAUCAGCAACUGAAGGAGGAACAAAUUUUGCUUUCUGAUAAUGCAUCUUCCCUUGCUGUUCAGGCCUUUUUGCAAAUGUGCAAUCUGCCAAUCCGGGUGGUUUGCAGGGCAAAUGCCGAGUACAUGUCACCAUCUGGCAAAGUACCCUUUAUUCAUGUGGGAAAUCAAGUAGUAUCUGAACUUGGGCCCAUAGUCCAGUUUGUAAAAGCCAAGGGCCAUUCUCUCAGUGAUGGGUUGGAUGAAGUCCAAAAAGCUGAGAUGAAAGCCUACAUGGAAUUAGUCAAUAAUAUGCUCUUGACAGCAGAGCUCUAUCUCCAGUGGUGUGAUGAUGUUACAGUAGAGGAGAUUACUCACCCGAGGUACGGCUCCCCUUACCCCUGGCCUCUGAACCGCAUUUUGUCCUACCAGAAGCAAUGGGAGGUAAGGCGGAAGAUGAAAGCCAUUGGAUGGGCUGGCAAGACUCUGGACCAGGUGCUUGAAGAUGUAGAUCAGUGUUGUCAGGCUCUCUCCCAGAGACUAGGAACACAACCAUAUUUCUUCAAUAAGCAACCAACUGAAUUGGACGCUCUGGUGUUUGGACACCUGUUCACAAUCCUUACUACUCAACUGAUCACCGAUGCACUCUCUGAAAAAGUGAAAAACUACAGUAAUCUCACAGCCUUUUGUCGGCGAAUAGAACAGCAGUACUUUGAGGGUCAGGAUAAAGACAGCUCUGCUGCCGUCGCAGCCAGGUCUGCCAAGAGGUCCUUACUGAGAUAAGCGUGCUGUGGGGUGCGGUGGAGUGUGUUUCAGUUUGAGGGUUUGUUGUUCAAGGGAUUGAUUUUGAGAAUGGAAACGUGUGUUAGCUUUUUGAAGCUGCCAAAUCAUUCUGGAGCAGGAAAAAUCUCUAAAUGCAGUUUUUGUGUUGUAGAAUAUUCUGUGCACGUUUAACCUGAAAUGACUGUAUGGGCAUUUCCACAUUAAUAGACUGUACACCACUUAACUCUAAAGUGACCUUGGAAAAAUAUUGCAUCUAUAUUAAAAAAUAAAAUACUUUAAAAAGUUUC